CUGACGUAACUAGCCGGCGCCAGCAGAGGUGAGGGUGCCGAAAGCCCUGGAGAAAUACGUUUCUCGCUCUCAGCUCGCGCGCACCAUGGCGGCCCCGGUCCAGCAGCCUCCUCAGCCCGCCGACGGGAAGCGCAAAGGCAAGGCUCAGUACAUGCAGGCCAAGCGGGCUCGGCGCUGCGAAGCCGCCGGGCCCCGGCAGCUGGAGCCUGGACUACAGGGCAUACUCAUCACUUGCAACAUGAACGAGCGCAAAUGCGUGGAGGAGGCCUACAGUCUGCUCAACGAGUACGGUGACGACAUGUACGGGCCAGAAAAGUUUACAGACAAGAAUCAGCAGUCUUCUGGAAACGAGGGAGAAGAUGAUGACGUGGAGGCUGCCUUGAAGAAAGAAGUUGAUGACAUUAGGGCGUCUACAGAGAUGAGGCUACGAAGAUUCCAGUCCAUGGAGAGUGGAGCGAAUAAUGUUGUCUUCAUCAGAACACUUGGGAUAGAACCUGAGAAAUUGGUGCAUCAUAUUCUCCAGGAUAUGUACAAAACCAAGAAGAAGAAGACUCGGGUUAUUCUACGAAUGUUACCUGUCUCCGGCACGUGCAAGGCUUUCUUAGAGGAUAUGAAAAAAUAUGCAGAAACAUUUUUGGAACCCUGGUUUAAAGCACCAAAUAAAGGGACAUUUCAGAUUGUAUACAAAUCUCGAAAUAACAGUCACAUGAAUAGAGAAGAAGUUAUCAAAGAAUUGGCAGGAAUAGUAGGCAGCCUGAAUUCAGAAAAUAAAGUGGAUCUUACCAAUCCUCAGUACACGGUGGUGGUAGAAAUCAUCAAAGCUGUCUGUUGCCUGAGUGUUGUGAAAGAUUACAUGUUGUUCAGAAAGUACAAUCUCCAGGAGGUAGUGAAGAGUGCCAAGGACCUGUCACAGCUUAACCCAAAGCAGGCAGCACACGUGGGAAAUGGGAAAGAAGCUAAACAGGAAUCUGGUGAUAAAUCAAAUCAAAGUGACCCAACAGAAGGAAAACAUAACCAGCAGGAGGCACCAGAGAAUAGUGGGGGGGUGGAGCAGACAAAACCAAUGUCUGAGACAGAGGCGGUGAAUGAUGGAGGAACUAAACCUGAACUUGUGAGCCAAGUCCCCGAAGAAUCCAAGUCAAGUGAAAAUGACCUCACAUAGGGGAAAAAAAUCAUUCAGUGUUGAAGGUGGGUUUCUAAACUGGGGUUCUUUGAGAUGUUGCUGGGGUUCCAUGAAAAAUUGUGACUGGAAAAAAAAAAAAUACUCCUUUGAACUUCCCGUACCAUGUAUGGCUAAUACUCACACUAGUGAACAGUGAUCAAACGGCCCUGUUAACAAGUUUUUUUUUUUUAAAUACUGUGUUUUAGGUGAAAGCUUACAUAGCAAAUUAGGUUCCCAUUUGAAAAUUUUUAUACAGCUUGUUCAGUGGCAUUGGUUACAUUUUUCACAAGGUUUCAACAUUCUCAUUAUUUCUAUUCUUUUCGUGCUGUUUCCAUUAAUGUAGCUUCCCUGCCUUUCCUUCACUUCUCAUCUUUGUUUUAGGGUAAAUGUUGACCGUUUGGUCUCAUGUAGUUGAUUAUUCCUGUUAACAAUUUUGUUAGAGGUCUUUCAGCCCUCCGUGGCAGCUUCCAGUAGGCCCACAUGCAUUUCGUUUAGCUGGGGGAAGCUGUGGAUAAUUGGUGAAUACUAGUUCAGUGGGAGGAUGGUAGGAGGAUGACCUUGGCCUCUCCCUCAGGGUUACCUUCCCCAGUCUCCGUUCAGUCACUGCCAACUCAUUUGUGGGAGACAACAAACUCUCCGUAAUAGAAUAUCAGAGGGAAAUUUUCUUUCUAAGCAAGCAGUUUUUACAUGCCACAACUCAGCUAUCCUCUGCCACUGUUGUAAACAUUGCAAAAAUGUGGACUGUGUAGAAGUGAAUUGUCUUUGUAUUUUUUUUGUGAUUUUCUUGUUUGUUAUGCCCAUUUUUCUAUCUUAUUAACAUUUGUCACAAAUAAAUCUGAUAGUCCAGUGCUGCAGUUUGUGAAGGCAGGGUGUGAGAGGAGGACCAUUCUAGGUGUCAGGCUGCAGACGUUCCUGGUAAGGUUAAUGAUGAAGGAUUACAGUCAUCUGAGCUACUUCAGUGUACUAGUGCAACAAGGGGCACGAGAAAGCCUGUCUGCAACGAUAGCUACGUAUCAGGGGUUUUAUGUGGACUUGUAAACCAAGCUGGCUUAUUCCGUUGUGCAUUGUCUAUGGCAUACGACUUAUAGAUCUAGCAGUUGCUCCAGCAGUUUGACAAGUAAAGAUGUUGAUUGUUUUAAAUGACUUUUGGAAUAAAAAUACAGUAAAACUUCUGUAAAAAAAAAAAAAA